AUGGAACGAAGCGAAUUAGAAUCGACUGAAAUACUUAAGAAGUUUGCAGCGGUAUUAACAGAAUAUCAGAAUUCUGUCAUUCGUAAUUAUGAUAUUCAAGACCCUUUUCAAUUUGUUCAGGAGUACAGAUCUAUUGCAGGCGAAGCCGCGCUAAAUUAUGUUAAAUCUUCAUCUUCUGAGCAAAAUUAUAAUGAAGUUGGAAACUAUGAAUUAGAAGCCAAACUAUGGUAUUUGGUAGAUUUAUUAUUUUCAUUUAGAACUUCAGAAGAUACGGGUGUGAAGGUUUCAACGCACGAUUAUAAUUCAGAUGCUGCAUUCAAGAAGGAGUUAUUACAGAGAGAUCGUUCUUUAUAUGAGAUAUGGCUAAUUAUAGCGUGGAUCCAAGACAACCUUGCUCUUCCUUCUAGACCGGAGUCUUUGCCGACAACUAAAUGGUCUCAUUCUAUGAUUUCAGGUAGUUUGAAAAGUAGUGAUUCAGAUUAUCCACUUCGUGAAGGUCGCGAGAAGAUUGAUGUUAGGGAUUUAGAAGAAGACCAUACGUUUUUUAAGUAUAUCUAUGAGCUUAUUUUGGCAGGAAAAUAUAACGAGGUCAGGCAAGAAUGCGAAUACUGUGAUAAUUUAACCUUAAGUAUGAUAAUGUGUGGUCUGGAGGAUUAUGUUGAUCCAAAAAAGGACUUGGAAUUAGCAGAAGAUUAUGAUUCACAGCAAGGUAUACAAAAGCAUGCUCUGUGGAGAAGGGCCGUCUAUGCUUUAUCCCAAAACCCUGCUAUUGAUAAAUACGAAGCUGCUAUCUACAAAUUCUUGGCAGGCGACAUCCCCCAGCUCGAAGCGGAAGAAUUUAACUGGGAUAAAGAAUUCCUAGUUUAUUUAAAUCAGUUGUGGAACGUAACAAUUGAAAAUUACCUUUUGGGCAAAGGUCGUAUUAAUAGCGAGGAGCUAAUUAUUGCAAUGCCAUCGCAACCUUUAACUUUACCAAAUAUUCUGAACAUUGUGGCCUCUAAACACAUGGAAGAGAGUAAGCACCCUAUUCGAGUUUUAAUAGGUUCAGUUAUUUUGAACACAAUUCCGUCUGUGAUCAAAUCUUUUGAUGAUAUAUUGCUAGAUAUCGUAAAGGGCGUCGAAAGUGAGCAAAGCUUGAUGCUCGAACCAUAUCUGCUAAGAAUUUUGACACAUUUAGUGAUAUUUAUGGAUAAGGUCUGUCCAAAUAUGAUUGCUGAGGAUGACAAAUCCAAUCUAAUUACAAAAUACAUUUCCUUGCUUACAUUCUAUGAACAAUACGAAUUGGUUCCUGUAUAUAUUAGUUUCUUGGGUGAAGAAGAUGCAAUGGAAGCCUACUCGUACUUCUUAUCCAAUCUAAAGCAACCUGAGGUCAGGCAACGGCAAUUGGAAUUAAGCCACUACUUACAACUUCCAACUGCUAACAUAUUGAGAAGGACUGCCCAACGGACAUUUAACGACACAGAAUCACACUACGUCCCCAAAAACGUUAUUGAGGUUACUUCUGAAGUGACAAGCACAGAUGAGCACCUAAUUUCUGCGGUGGAUUGGUUGCUGGAGGGAAGACUUUAUACAGAUGCUGUGGAAUCUAUCGUGGCGCUUUCCAGAAGGUUUUUACUCAAUGGAAAAGUAUCCUCUCUAGAGACUUUUUUCAGUAAGCACUCUUUUGAUGAAAUAGUUAAGAGCUACGAACUAGAUCAAUUGGCUGCAAAAGAUGACAAUGCUGAGGAUAAGCUAAUUAAGGAACUUAACGAGUAUUGCAGUCUCAUUGCCACUUUCAAGAAAUACAAGGAAUGGGAAACCGCUCAAAGCAAUCAUGUGCCGGAUUCAAAUAUCACAGCACUGUUAAGACAGUUCCAAGAUCUUUCGACUUCACUUCGGAACCUUGCAUCCACAUUUUUAGUUGAUUUAGCUGAAGAUGCCGAUAUCGACCAGGAAGAUAAAACUAUUUUGCACAGUAUAAGGUCAUUGUACACUCCUUAUCUAAUUAUUGUGCUCCAUGCCUGCUAUGUCAAGGCAGCAGAUACUCUGAAGAUAAAAUCUUUUCUACAAGAAGCCGUUAAUCUGUCGGUACUGGUAGCUAACGAAACGGAUAAGAUUUAUCUUCUUUUCCAGGCCAAUGGCAACCUAAACGAGUAUCUGCAGUUGGUUGCGAAAGCUGUCGCCCUUCUUGGACAGUAA